AUGUCGAGCGAAGAAAAUUGUAUUGUCUUGUCGGAUGACACGUCUGAGAGUUCAGAUGAUGGUGGUGUGACUGUCGGUACAUUGAUUAUACAACCACUUGACGCAAAAAAGAAGUCAUGCAGAAAAGAACCUUCAUCCUGUAAAUCCAACAUCAAUAUUAAAAAGGAUAAAAACAUCGAGAAUGUUGAAGAUGGCGAUCAUGCCACCAUAUUAAAUAUCCUGCUAGAAAAUCCAGAAGACUACGAACUUAAAGAGAAACCGUCGGGCAUACGGGUAAACAAAACGUUUACUUUAAAUGCCCAAGAUAUACCAAUAACAUCUGCAAAGGCGGACGAUAAUGGCGCUUACAACUCGAAAGGUUCUGUCACGAAAUUCUAUACAUAUAACAAACAAGGUUCUCAGACUGCCCACAAGAAUGAGAAUGGUGUUUGGUAUAUAAACGUUAGAAACUCAAAAGGUUAUAUCAAAGAAACAGUACCCGAGAAAGAGGUAUUUCAACUGAAGCGUGAAUAUCACACCAGUAAAAAUAAUCCUGAUUUUUCCCAAACAAUUGUUACUGUUAGAGACGUGACUGAGAAAGAGCCCAAACCAUUCUAUUUUGUUAUGUAUAAGUGGUGUGAUGGAGUUGCUCGUGAAUUCAUUCUUCCUCGACAUGGAAACGCCGGUAAACCAACAAGUAGUCAGUACUUCAGAAAGGAUCCAAAACUUUUUAGAGAGGUGGACGGUAUGCUGAAGCAAGGUUUGUCAACUGCCCAGGUUUAUAGUGCAAUCGCCAGGAAGAAAGCCGACACUGUAAGUGAGACAGUAUCAAGUCCAAAACUGAUCGACAAUCGAAAGCUUUUGAUGAAGAAUGCAGAAUCCACUUCUGGUGGUAACAGCGAAAGUAUGAGCGAAGCAGAAGAGAUAAUAUCAUGCCUUCGGUCCAAUGAUCUACUGCAAAGCGUAAUGUUCACCAAGGGAGAGUACGUAACAUUUAACUGCCUUCCAAACAUGCUCAAUGAUUUGCACCGAUUUUGUGUCAAUGGAGAGUCGAUCUUGCGAGUUGAUACCACUUUCGAACUUGUUGAGGGUCUUUGGCUCACAGAUACUACGUAUACAAAUGAAGCCCUGCUAGAUUCUAACGGCAAAAAUCCUGAGUUUCCUGGGCCAAGUUUUUGGCAUUUCCGAAAAACAAGAGAAUGCUAUCGCAGAUUCGCGGUCGAGAUGGUUGCUCAAAAGCCAGAGCUACUUGGCAUCAAGAAGAUUGGUCACGAUAUGGAUAAAGCUCUCUCCCAAGGCCUGUGUGAUGUUUUUCAAAACGCUAAAAAACUUUGGUGCACACAGCAUAUGCAGGACCGGGACAUUCGAAAGCUCAAGACCCUUUGCUGCAAUCAGCGAUCACAGUCGAAAGUGAUGGCAGAUAUAUAUGGUACACAGGAUUCUAUUCUUAUCCAGAAUGGUUUGGCGGACGCUGAAGAUGAGUGCGACCUGGAUGCCAAACUUGAAAGCCUUGAGUCUGAAUGGGAACGUAUUGUGCCUGGGUUUUACCGGUGGUUCCAAAACAACAGAUGCAAGCAGUUUAAAGAAUGUCUGGUUCUUGUAAUUUGUGACUUUCCUAACUGA